AUGGUAAUAGCAGCCCUAGGCCAACUCAACAUCCAAGAGCCCCCGCAGCAAUGGUGGUGCCGCGGCAUAGACUCCUACCGAAGACUAGACAUACUCGGGGAAGGAAGCUAUGGCCAAGUAUUCAAGGCAAGAGAAAUCGGAACAGGAAAAACAGUAGCAGUCAAGAAGCUGCUAAUAACAGACCAUGAAGAAAAAGAAGGUUUUCCUAUAACAGCCAUUAGAGAAAUCAAGAUUCUGACCAAUCUUCACCAUGAUAACGUUCUGGGGCUCAAGGAAAUCGUAACAGAUUAUAAGAACUACAAGGGCAACACCUACUUGGUUUUCGAGUACAUGGAGCACGAUCUUGCAAGCCUUUCUCAUCGCUAUAAUAAUAACUUGAAAUUUGCUACUCAAUUUACUGCAACCCAGAUCAAGUGCUACAUGAGGCAGCUGCUUUCAGGGCUCAGUUAUUGCCAUGCAAAUAAUGUGAUUCACAGAGACAUCAAGUGUGCUAAUGUCUUGAUUAAUCAUGAGGGCGAUUUGAAGAUAGCAGACUUUGGACUAGCUCGCUGGUUCGUUUUCAAGAAUUGUGACCGCGACCACCUCAGUCCACGUCUCACUAAUAAAGUUGUCACGUUGUGGUAUAGACCGCCAGAGUUACUGCUCGGAGCGACAAGCUACGAUACUGGUGUGGAUAUGUGGUCUGUUGGCUGUGUUUUUGCUGAGCUCUUGAUAGGACGUGCAGUACUAUGUGGAACAAGCGAGGCUGAUCAGUUGAAGAAAAUAAUCGAGCUCUGUGGAGCUCCUGAUCAGGAUGAUUGGCCUGGUGCUUCCGAGCUUCCUCUGUAUGACAAAUUCAGGCCGAAUGGCCCUGCGAGGAGGCGGAUUAGGGACGUCUUCAGGGGUGCUGAUAGAUAUGCUAUAGGUUUGUUAGAGAGAAUGCUGAUGUUUGAUCCGUCAAAGAGAAUAUCUGCUAGGGAUGCACUUAAUGCGAAGUAUUUUUGGACUGACCCUUUGCCUUGCAACCCCAGGAUGUUGCCUAAAUAUGAACCAUCACUUGAGUACAAUAAUAUCAAGCACAAAAAGCAGCAGCAGCAGCAGAGGAAGCAGCCAAGAGACGGUAAUGGCACCAAAAUCAGCAUAGUGGCCUCCGCAUGGGCCCGAUAAUUGGACCAACUAUGGGAAGGCUAUUCACCGAUUUGAUGGGUGAACAUAGAAACCAGAAAGCAAAGUCAUGGUUGUGGAGAUAUUAGUUUGGGUUCUACUUGUAUCAUGGACGAAUGAAUAAUUGUGUGGUUUUAUUUAUAUUAAUUAGUAAUCAACUAAAAAACUUUUAUAAUCUACAAAUUAGUUAUAAGAACUAUUUCUUUUUUGUUUUUUGUUUUUUGUUGUUCAGUACAAUGUGAUGAACAUCAUUAAUUUUUGCAAUUUAAAUAUCCUUGUUCUUUUUCCUCUUAUUGAUGCAAAACAUUCCUAGUUAGUUAAUGCGAUAUUUUAUUUGUUUCUUUGUCAUCAAUGCGAUACUUUCUUACUUUUGCAAGCUCAAAUCAAGGUUCAGAGGUAUACACUUUCGAUUUUGCAAUUGGCUAUUAUGGUGAUUGUUCCCCUUGAUCUUUGUACGGCUGUAGGCCGUGGUUAUUCUGGGCAGUAAGCCCAUG